CUACAUAAAUCUGAUCGAAUCCAUCGUGAAAUAGUGUGAAAAGCGAUGUGCCUCUGCGUCGUUUAAGGAUAAUUCCCUGCAAGGAUUCACCGCCAUCAAAGAUUUUGCCUUCUUCGCUAGGAAGAAAAACUGUUUACGUGUUCCAACAUGGACUUCGAGCAGGAAAAAGUGCUCAAGUUUAUUUUCCCGGACGAUUACGAAGAUCUUUCCGGUCAGGACACCACCGAUGUGGUGGAGUAUCUGUUUAAACUCGGCACGUACAAGACGGAGGAUUUAAAGAAGGAAAAGAUCCGCCUCCAGGACGAGCACCGCCAAAAUGUGGAACAGACGCAGGACCUAGCGAUUUCGAACUACCACACCUUCAUCCGGACGGCGGAAAGCUCGCGGGAAAUCUACCGCGAAUUUACCGAGACCGAGCGGAAGCUCGAUUGCCUGGGGGAAAAGUGGCCAAAGUUCAUCGACGCCUGCCAGACGUUCCUGCAGGGCUCGGCAGAUAUUAAUGCGGCCCGUCGGCUCAAUUCGCUCACGUUAACGCGCAAUGCGGAACUGCUGGAAAUUCUCGAGCUUCCACAGCUCAUGGACAGUUGCAUACGCGAGGGAAAAUACGAGGAAGCCCUCGAGCUGUCCUCGUACGUGCAACGGCUCGCUUCGAAGCACGGAAAUAUCCCCGUGAUCGCGACCAUCAACCAAGCGGUGGAAACAGCCUGGCACACGAUGUUGAUGCAGUUGGUGGCGCAACUUCGGACCGACUUGCAGCUACCCAAAUGCCUCCAGGUGGUGAGCUAUCUACGGCGCAUGCAAGCCUUCUCACCGUGCGAGCUGAAGCUGAAGUUUCUCCAAGCGCGCACCAGCUGGUUCCGGGAUCUGCUGGCGGCCAUCCCGACCGCGGAUGCACACGUGCAUCUCACCAAAACGAUCGAGGCGACCCGGGUGCAUCUGUUCAACAUCAUCACGCAGUACCGAGCCAUCUUUCCGGACGACGAAGACACGAUGGUGAAUCCUUUGGCGGGUAUGAUGCCCGUUACGACGGCCACUUCCGUCUUAGAGCGAGCUGCCAACGAUGGAGGCAACAUUUUCCACGGUUGGCUGCACGAUCAGAUCGUAGAGUUUGUAAGGGCACUCGAGCGGGAUCUUGCUUCUCCUGACGUCAGUUCGUACGACACGAUCCUUGGCCAGUGCAUGUACUUUGGGUUGUCGUUUAGCCGCGUCGGGAUCGACUUCCGGGCGCUCGUAGCUCCUGUGUUUGUGAACGCGAUCGGCAACCGGUUCCGCAUCGCUGUAUCUCGAGCGACGGUUCAGUUUGAGCAGGACAUCGAACGGUACACGUUGAUCAACAAGGCUCUAAGCAUGAUCCGGCGCCAACGCAUCGAGGAUCGCACUGGGAGACCAGGAGAUGAGUCUGGAUCGAUUCAACCGCCGGAAACACUGCUGGAUUUUGAACCACUCGCGUUGUACUGCAACGAACUGUUGACGAUCUGCAACGAGCUGCGACUCUGUGCACCCAUCGCACUGGCCACCACGGUGACGGAGCUGUUCGAGGAUUCACUGGAACGGGUGUGCCGCGGUAUCCUUGGGUUCUAUCGCCAGGAGCAGCAAGCAUUUGCACCCACCGAGCGUGAGUGUUUCGUGAGGUUGUGCUCCUGUUUCGCGUACGAUCUGCUGCCGUACCUGCAGCGGUGCAUCCAUGUCCUGUUUCCACCGACCACGCUCGCGAAUCAGCUCGGCAUUAACGUCCUUACGCUGCAGAAGCACGGUGUGACGUACCUGCGGCAGGUGAAGAUUCUGGAACCAAUCGCCUAUCUGUUGCCGGAUCGGAUCGAGACCGUCGUCAGGCAGGUGGGCGAUAUGGCCGUUAGCGAGCCAACCGUGGAGGUCCCUGAGGCGGAAGCUGAAGAAUCUGAAGCGCCUAAAGAAGCCCAGUCGGGCGAUGUAGCGAUAGAUUAA